AUGAACGAGUCAGAAUAUAUAAGUCGACAAUACCACUCAAGUAGCAUCGACCCCCUCAAGGCUACAGACAACUCUGAGCUUCCAUAUGACUUUGUCAGGUUCUUGGCAGCUGUCAAACGAUUCCACGUUCCAAUAUUACACAUCACAUGGCAGAACCACCGAAAAGAGCUUGGGAGCGGGGCAACCAGCGAGAUCAGAGAAGCUCGAACCAGUUUUAACCAUAGUUUCGCCUUUAAGCGUAUCCCAGACAUUGAAAAGCGAGAAAAACGGAAAGAAACUAUCUACCAACAACUCAUAACUGAGAUGUCAAUUCUGCGCCACCCAGCCUUCAGACGGCAUCCUAAUAUUGUGGAGCUGCAAGGGAUAUGCUGGGACAUUGGCCGAAUACAGACUCAACAUAAAAUCAUUAAAGGCCCAGGGAUCUCUGGCGGCUUCAGUGUGUGGCCUACCCUCGUAUUUGAGACAUCGGAGUACGGAGAUCUAUACCGGUUUUCAACCUCAUCUAUUGGAAGGAGCCUUGAUGUCAAUCAACGAUUGAACAUUUGCGUUGCUAUCGGCCACACAAUUGCAGAAAUGAUGUCUUACCCUGACUUUGGAUUCUCGGUUUCUCACUUACACCCUGACACCAGGCUCUGUUUGCCUUGCUCCAAGCCAUGGGUAGCACCAGAGCAGUCUAAGUCACCAGAAUUUACCUUCUCUGAGGUCCUCCAAGCAGACAUAUACUCGUUCGGUGUCCUUUGCUUUUGGAUGCUUUUUGAGAGGCAAUUGUCUGGAGUUAUAGCACUUCCUAAUCUCGCUCAUUGGCAAAACAAACUUUCACCAGAAGCCAAACAUCCCUCCAUUGACUUAGUAUCUCACCUUAAAGAUCAAAAGGUGCUAAUUGCAACCUCGAAGAUCAUGGUACAAGAGGACACAAAUAUCGGCACGAUAACAAAAGAGAGGUUGGUGACCUUCUUUGAGAAAUGCCUGCAUCUAGAUCCUUUGCUACGGCCCCAUGGUAUGCUCGACGCAGUAAAUCUCAUGACAUCAGAAGGAGUCCGUGAGCACGUUUAUAUUGAAUUAACAGAGAGUUAUUCCAAGCAUCCGGAAAAAUUAACUUGCGCUUAUCUCUUGGUAUGUCAGAGACUCAAGUUUGGAUGCCGAGAAGACGAUGUUCCUCAACCUGUUACGAUUUUAAACGAUGAAGUUAGAGUUGAGGUUGAAGAUCAAUUAAAGCGAAUUCGGGACCCAAUCGGAUCGUGGUCAAAUGGAAAUGCCGCUCACGCAUACCAAAGAGCGGCCCGAGAAGGAUUGCAUGCUCCUGGGAAACUGGUUGAGAAAUACCGCCACGAUGGAGUCAUAGGAGUCGCAGAGGUCGUCACCAGGAGUGAACUGAAGGGAGUGGUGGUUACUUUAGGUUUUGAGAGCCCUAUUGCUCUGACCUUGAGGAGUAGUCUGGCAAGUUUAUUGAUGGUCCAGAACCGGUGGCAAGAUGCAUACAAACUACAAGUCCAAGUCAUUGAGGACCUGAAAAGGGUCUUUGGUCCCAUGCACAUCGAAACUUUGGGAGGUAGGGCUACCCUGUGCUCUAUUUACCAGAAUAUGGGUCGCUGGAUAGAUGCUGCCGAUCUACAGUCAAAGUUGGUCGAGCAACUGAGUGAAAAGUUCAGUGAAACACAUGCUGAAACCUUGGCAUGCACCCAGAGCCUUGUCAAGUCUAAUAUGGAAUUGCAGCGCUGGGAUGAAGCUGAAAGACGGCAAGUCAAAGUGGUGGAGAUAUACACGGAUACACUUGGAGUCAAAGAUGGAACGACCAUGUAUGCCAUGGAAACCCUGGCGGAGAUAUACCGUCAGCAAAUGGAGUGGCAGCAAGCCGAGGAACUGGCGAUCGAAGUUAUAGAUGCGAGCAGAAGCGCAUAUGGGUCCGAUCACCCAUCCACUUUGAUCGCAUUGGGAGGGCUCAUAAGUACGUAUCGGGAGCAAGGCAGAUGGGACCAAGUUGAAAAACUCCUCCUCCGCAACUCAGAGACCUGCAAACGAGAUUUUGGGCACGAGCACCCCACCACUCUAGCUCUUUUUACAUGGCUAGCUGGAUGCUAUCGUGAGACUGACCGAGUCCUAGAUGGCAUGAAACUCCUUGAAUCGGUGAUCAAAGAUAGCGGAAAGGAUCUUGAUACGUAUGAUUACCGCCUGCUUGAGCAAAGGAGGAUUUUUGAGAGAAAAGGAGAUUUGGCGAAGAUAUAUUUGGAACAAGGAAAUGUUGAACAGGCUCGAACUUUGCUGUUGGGGCUGCUGGUGGAGUGUGAGGAUACAAUGGGAUCUCAAGAUCUAACAACCCUGAGAGUCAUGACCCUCCUGGCAAAGGUACACUUUCGACAAAGUAACUACGACGAGGCCCUAGAAGUUCAAUCCACCAUUGGGCGGGUAACGAGGGAGCUAUUCGGCUCGAUACACCCCUAUACAUCAAAUGCGAUGAUGAAUAUUGCUUCGGUCUACGUCAAACAAGAUCAAUUCGGCGAUGCCGAAAGUCUCCUUGAGGAGACCUUGGGGGAUCUGACGCAGACUCUGGGAAAACUUCACCCAGACACCCUUUUAUGCAUGCUCAAGCUCGCAGAGACAUAUUCCCAACACGGUCGUUUGGAUGAAGUCGAUAGGACUGUAUAUUCUUUUGCACAGCUCCAGGCCGAGAAAAGGCAUCUUACCACCUCUGAAGCAGAAUCCACCGACGGAUCUUUAUUGAUUGUCGGCGAAGAAUACUUUGAUCCUAUCUGCCACGAAGCUAGUGGUGGGUGUUUUAAUGAAGUAACCCUGGACAUGCUGCUAGAUGCGACGAAAUAUGCAUCUACAGUGGUACUGGCUGGUCUUUUGCGAAUAUCCCCAGGCAGCGUUGAACUGGAUCCAGAAGUGACUGAGGCGGUCACUGAAAAUGAAGAUAUCGGGGAUCAGAUGUUGAUAUGUCUCAUCGAGAGAUAUGGUAACGCUGUUGGGAUCACGAGCGAUGUCCUUGAGUUAAUAUUCCUGAAUGAGAAAAAUGGAACAGCUAUAAUGGAGACACUCCUGGAAAGGUGCCACAAUGGCAUGCGAGUCACGAGAGAACUUCUGGAACAUGCUGCAGAGAGUCACAGCGCUGGCAUGAUGGCAUCUCUUUUAAAAAGGAAAGAGACAGGCUUGAAGGUCACUUCAAAGAUGUUGCAGAAAGCCGCAAGCAAUAUAUAUCUGGGGGACGAGACAGUUUCAGCACUUAUCACCGACUUACAACCCAACUUCCAAAUCUCGACUUCCACUCUUGUAGCUGCUGCAAGCAAUACGGGACUUGGACAUACGAUUAUGGAAAUUCUUCUCUCGUAUCACAAUUGCAAGGUAGCUAUCGGAGAGAAGGUCCUUAUGGCAGCCGCAAAGAACAUCUGGAAAGGGGCGGAAGUAAUGACUGUCUUGCUUGAGAGACGAGGACAUGAAUUCCUAAUCACAGAAAGGCUGCUCAAAACUACCGUCACCAACUCAAUCAGCGGAGUCAAGAUCUUGGAGCUAUUCUUUGAAGUUCGUGGUGGCGAAGUCAAGAUUACUGAAAAUAUCUUGUUAUGCCUGGUUAGAAGGACUUGGAGAACGUUUGAUAUUAUGCAACUACUGUUGGAAAGGAGAAGAACUGAGAUAGAGAUUACAGAGAAUGUUCUCGUGGAAAUUGCUAGGAACGAAUUUACAGGGGAGGGUAUGAUGGACCUGCUUAUGGAAAUGUGUGAGGAGUGUAUUGUUGUUACGCCAAAGCUUUUGGCAGUUAUUGCUACAAACAAGGAGUGUGGGAGCGGUAUAAGGGCAGCUUUAAAAGAUAAGUGGAGUUAA